AUGACCACACUCCAACAGAUUGAGCCGGCCACGCUGAAAUUCAACAGCCACUUGGCAGUGUCGCUCUCCGGCAACGGCACGUCCUUCAUCGCGUCGGCGGGGGAGCUGCCCAGCGAGCUGCUCCUGACGCAGUUCGCCGACAAGAGAACCACCAAGAAGAAGGUCAAGAAGAGCGCCGACAGCAACGUGAUAGUCGAGGAGGACAUGGUCAUGUGCUCGCAGGACCCCGCGGCAGUCUACGACGGAGAAAUUGACGUCCUCCUGCUGUUCUCCAAGUGCGUCGAGAGCUCAACGCUGGCCACGGUCGAAACGUGGGCACUGGACAUGCACAAGAUUGUGGAGGACACUGUCAGGUCGUACGAUGGCGUGACCCUAACGUUCAAGGCCACGAUGGUGUCUGGGAGCUGCUCGAAGUCGGCGUACGGCACUGCGGCCGAGGUCACUGGAGACGACUUGGAUCGGGCCGCUGCACUCCCGGGUCUGGGCGACGUCUACCCCCUCGACUCGGUAACAAGCGCAACUGACGGCUUCACUGCGGUCAUCUCCUUCGCGACGGACGAAACUUCGUACAACGAGAUCUUGUCGUUCGAGAACGUCAACCAGAUCGCCAACGUGGUCAACUUUCAGCUGAGCGGCAGCAGCGAGAACUGCGAAGGCGGGUCGGAGAGCUGCAUCGAGCUGAAAGAGGACGACGACCUCUUCAUGUACAACCCGUUCACUGUCACCCAGUCGCUCAACUGCGCGGACCUCGAGAACGGCGUCCCGGUCACACUCGUCGGCGACGAUGGCACCCGCCAGUGCUUCUGUGGCUGUCCUGCUGGCUACGAAAUGAAGACGAAGGGGAGCGAUAAAGCGUGUGUAAAAGUCGGGAGUGCCUCGACCUGUGUGUGGAGCAAGGUGAGCGGCUUCAAGCACCAGGUGAACACCAAGUCCAGCGUCUGCACAUUCGACCACGUCGUGGACAAGUGGGGGAUCCCGCUGCCCCUCCCGACCAGCGGGUAUGGUUCCAGUAAGCUGUUGCUGCUUGCGGAUGCCUCGCUGGACCCACGCAUCCGCGUGUCUGCAGUGAAGAAGCAAGACCCAGAGUACUACGCAGGCUUCCUCAUCCCUAUCCUCAGCAGCGUUCAAUCGUCUUGGCCCCUAAAGUUUUCAGAGGUAGUGGCAAAAACUCCGAGCGCAGCAAAGUUUGACCCAAUGUAUUCAAGCGGGGACGAUCUCCCCAUACACGACGCUGCCAAGACUUGGAAAGACUACCAGUCCAACCGAGCUGAAGCCGUGAACAGUAUCGUUUUCAAGGACUACGGCAAGUACCGACUGGAGAUGGAUGCGUACGACUACUACUCCAGCGCUUCAUGCGCUGGGUGUAUCGCUAUCCUAGAUAACUAUCGGCCUCGAGCUGCCACGAAGUGUCCGUCUAGCUUCUGUGACUCGGUGUCAGGUACCGCUGAUUGUGGAUGCACGGCCGAGCUAACGCUCGACAACAUGGCCAAGGCAAACGGACUGAUCCAACAGUACAUCGACUUCGGGGAGCAAGCCGAGAACGACGGCUGCAGCGGGAACAACCGCUGCGACUUGCACCAGUUCACCAAGAAGAAUUUCUUCGAAUCCAAGUACACUCGCUAUUCGCACGACGAGAGUAUCUCGUGCUUCGACCCGGACUUGGUCCUCGGCGAUAUCCUGUAUCACGAGAAGAUGGCCGUAAAUCCGCUGAAAAAGACUGACGGCACAUGCCACGACGUCGUGAAGCCCGUGCCGGCGGGUCAAUGCACGCGCUGCUGCAAAAUGUCGACUGCGCUGCGGGAGUUCUGGACGGAUUAUCGGUGUGGAUCUGACUACGAUGCGCGGUAUUGCGAGGGUGACAGCGAUCAGACGUGUACAUUUGAGCAGUGCCUGGUGGUUAAUGGCGACACGCUGGCAACUGUCACCGCUCGGAUCAAACCCGGUAUCGCUGACGAGUCCAAGAAAGUUUUGCAGCAGCUGCACGAGGAAGACUACCAGACUGUGACCCAAGUGCACCGUGCACUCGAGUGUACGUCGUACUACGGCGACGACGGCCAAUGCGUGUACAUGGCGAAGCUUUCCGAGCUUAUCGAGACGACGCAGACUUUGAACUUCGAGGGAGAUCUCGAUCUCAACAGCUUCGUCCAUUGGCGCUUCAAAGUGAACGGCGACUCGGAGAAGUGGCAGCUGUGGAAGACCAGGCGCCAAACGAGCGCUGAAACCGGGUGCCACUGGGCGACCUGCGAAGCUGUGUACGACAACGAUGCGGUGCUGACGUUCUCCGACCCCGAGACGAAGAUAUCGAUCGAGGCGUGGACGCAGUGUGGACUGGUGCGCAGUUUCUUCUUCUACGUGCAUCUACACGUGAACAGUGCCGUGGAUGUGUGCAAACACUUCGACGAGAUGUGGUACCAGACGUCCGUCUCACGACUCCCGAUCGCAGCGCAAAUGUGCGCGUACCCUGGCAGCGACUUCGCUGAGUUGACGUUUGAUUUUCACCCGAACGUUGGCCUCCAAUACUCGCGCACUCAGUUGGGGAUGAAGGUGUCCGAGGUUGUUUGUACCGGAACGUUGGAGAACCGCACUCCAGUUGAAAUCCUCAAGGUGACGAAAGACUCGCCUGAGAUCGUAACGCGCUUCGGCGUGGAGAUACUGCACGCUCCGAGUACCGAGGCGCUCACGAACUUCGAUGUAUCGUGCGACUUCACGUACCUGGAUUACUCAGGGACUGCUCAUGCGAAGACGUGCGGUCGGUCGUUCUCUAUUGCCGACUGCAAAGGCCCGCAGUUCGAUUUACCGAACGCAGAGUGCGAGUUCGACGCAUGCGCGGGCAAAGCCAAUGCUGGCUUGUACGAGGCAUGCGGUGGGAAGAUCAUCAGGAGCACGGAGACCAGCACCUACGUGGAUUCGGGCGAGAAAGAGUGCUGCCAAGGCUGCGCACAUACGAAGGUUGUGUGCACGGGGCUGAUGGAUGUACCCGAGACGGAUGCCGAGCUCAUGCGUUGUGAACCUGCGGGUGUCAACGGGGCUUACGGAAACUAUUACUUCCCCGUCUCCUUGCUCGCCCAGGUCACACAUAACCACGCUGUCGCCAUGUUGCUGCUGAGCGGUGGGGCGGUGGCUGUUGCGACCACACUCGUAGCUCUUCGCCGCCGCAGAACUGCUAUAAGUUCUGCGCAGUUUGACUACGACGCGUACCUGCCGCUGCUGUCCUAG